AAUAGGACAGUUUGUCAAUUAUAGAGUAUCAGGUGCAUUAUGCAAUUUUCCAUCCUAAACUCACCGACUCUACUUGCUUCUUCUUCUAGCAUAAGACGUAGCACAAUUCCUUGCCACCGAUCAAGACCCAUUUCUUAAAUACCACUUUUCUUCACCUCGCAAUCUCAGUCUAUAAUUCCCGAAAUCAGAGACCCAAUUCGAGAAAAAUUCAUAUGAACGCCAGGCAGCUGUUCCUCUUGAUCUUCACAUUCACAACACUUUCCUCACAUUAAUCGGCUUAACCAAAGCAAUGCUAACCCGAAGGCCUUUAAUGGAGUUCUUAAUCGGUUUCAACUCGGAAACCUGGAAAAGAAGAAUAACCCGAUGGUUUUCCAGCGAUUCAGGGAAGAGAUUCGGAGCAGUAUGGGGUAAUGGCGAUUUCGGGAGGCUGGGGCUUGGUAAUUUGGAUUCUCAAUGGAGCCCUGUCCCCUGUUGUUCUGCCUUCGAUCGAGAAAUGCUCAAGGAUAUAGCUUGUGGCGGUGCUCACACUCUGUUCUUGACAGAUGUUGAGAGCAAUCUCCUAUGUUUGUGAAGAUGUCAGAUGUGUACGAGUAAAAGCUCACGAAUUAUACCCCCUCCUUUGGCAGAAUCUGGACGGGUUUAUGCUACUGGUCUUAAUAAUUUUGGGCAGCUGGGAAUUUCAGAUGAAAAGAGCUUUUCUAUUGAGCCUGUUGAGGUUAGAAUUCCGAAAGAAGCUAUGCAUAUUUCAGCUGGAUAUAAUCACUCUUGUGUUAUUACAGCUGAUGGAGAACUGUAUAUGUGGGGGGUGAAUUCAAGUGGACAGCUUGGCCUUGGAAAAAAGUCAGCUAAAGCGGUACACCUACCUACGAAAGUAGAUAGCUUAGAUGGGAUUGUAAUUAAGAGGGCUGCUUUGGGCUCAGAUCAUUCGAUUGCUGUUGCUGAUGGAGGUGAAGUCUUUAGUUGGGGAGAUGGACGAUCAGGUAGAUUGGGUCAUGGGCAUGAGUCAACAUUUUUGGGUUUUCUAAAAAGUACCAGUGAACAUACACCCAGGCUAAUUAAAGAACUUGAGGGGAUCAAGGUUAAACAUGUUGCAGCAGGGAUGCUGCACUCCGCUUGUGUAGAUGAAAAUGGAGCUGUUUACAUAUUUGGUGAAAGGGCAACAAACAGAGUGAGCUUUGGUGAGGCAAACAAGGCAACGACACCAUCAAUGAUCAGCACACUCUUGGGCUGCGAAGAAGUUGCCUGUGGUGGUUAUCACACGUGUGUCCUAACAAAAGGUGGGGACCUGUACAGUUGGGGUUCGAAUGAGAACGGUUGCCUUGGGAAUGGGUCCACAAGUGUCUCUCAUCUCCCUGAAAGAGUUGAAGGACCCUUUUCAAAAUCUCCUGUAAGCAAGGUUUCUUGUGGAUGGAAACACACAGCAGCUAUCUCAGGUGGCGCUAUCUUCACGUGGGGCUGGGGAGGCUCUCACGGAACGUUUUCUGUGGAUGGCCAUUCUUCUGGGGGCCAGCUGGGGCAUGGAAGUGAUGUUGACUAUGUGAAACCGACAAAGAUCGAACUUGGAGAAAAUGUGAAGGCAGUACAAGUCUCCUGUGGUUUCAACCAUACUGGUGCCAUACUCGAAUACAAGUGAGUUUCUGAACUUUUAACCACGACAUACAUCCAAGUAUAACAGUAAUUGAGCAAGGCGUGUUCAUAAAUUUUCGGUCCAAAGUCAUCACAGUCUGUAUCAUUUAUAUAAAUACAUCAUCACCGGAAAAUAAACUUGAAAUUUGUAUAUGAUAUGCUUCUGGUGUCACAGAAAUAAUCAUGGAAUUGGGAGAUUGCCCAAUUCUGAGAUAUUUAUUCGACAUUCAAUCUAGAAUGGUUCUUUGCAGCUCAA